AUGUCCGUCACCAUUCGAUAUGCGCGUUACCUUUUAUUUGCCGUCGUGGGAUUGGCGGUCUUCUUCGUCAUCUCAAAAUCCACCAUUCCCCUUCCCAGCACAGGUUCCACCGCUCCUGCGCCGCAAAGCCCGCCGACCUACGAUUCAGUGAAGUCGCAGAAGCCGACUGUGGUAGGCCCACACCAGAAUGACCGAGUCAAUGCCACGUUUGUCACCUUGGCGCGCAAUUCCGAUCUCUGGGACAUGGUCAAGUCUAUCCGAACCGUCGAAGACCGUUUCAACCGCAACUACAAUUACGACUGGGUGUUCUUGAAUGACAAGGAGUUCGAUGACGAGUUCAAGAAGGUUACCACCGCCCUGAUCUCCGGCCGAACUCACUAUGGAGUCAUCCCCAAGGAACACUGGUCGUACCCGGAGUGGAUCGACGAGGACAAGGCUAAGGAAGCGCGCGAAGAGAUGGACCGCAAGAAAAUCAUCUACGGUGGCUCAGAGAGUUAUCGUCAUAUGUGCCGCUAUGAGUCUGGAUUCUUCUUCCGCCAUCCGCUCAUGAUGAACUUCGAGUACUACUGGCGUGUCGAGCCCAGUGUCGAACUCUUCUGUGACAUCGACUCCGAUCCAUUCCGUUUCAUGAAAGAGAACAACAAGAAGUACAGCUUUGUCAUCAGUUUGUACGAAUAUGUGGCGACUAUUCCCACCCUGUGGGAUAGCGUGAAGAAGUUCACCGGCAACCACCCUGAAUACGUCACUGAUGGAAAUGCCAUGGAGUUCAUCAGUGCUGACGGUGGAGACACCUACAACAACUGUCAUUUCUGGUCCAACUUCGAGAUCGGCAGUCUGGAAUGGCUACGAUCUGAUGCAUACGUGGAUUAUUUCACGUCUCUGGAUCAUGACGGUGGUUUCUUCUAUGAGCGAUGGGGCGAUGCGCCAGUCCACUCCAUUGCUGCCUCUAUCAUGUUGAAGAAAGAAGAAAUCCACUUCUGGGAUGACAUUGCAUACUACCAUGUCCCAUUCACACAUUGUCCCACUGACGAAAAGAAGCGUCUGGACUUGAGAUGCUCUUGCCAGCCCAAGGAAAACUUCGACUGGAAGGAUUAUUCUUGUACCAAACGCUGGUUUGACAUCAAUAAGACGCCGAAGCCAAAUGGAUGGGACAAGAAGUACGAUUAA